AUGGACGAGGCUUUCAGAUAUCUGCAAGAUUCGGAGCCACGAGAAGGGAACAGUGCGCAGGCUCUCGCCUGCACAGCCAGUGAAGAUAGGCGACGCGCUACUCCAAUCCUGGAGCGGCAAAUCUCCGAAGCAUUGGACACAGGACAACUGGCAUUCUAUCUCUGUUUUCGUGGAAUUCCCAAAUGGGCUAUCACAGACAUUGGAGUUCAUGCAUAUUUUCAGCAGUACGACAACCCAGACGCUGAUGCGAGACGUGCCAUUAUUGUGCAACUGGAACGUGCGGCUGCUGAGACAGAUAUGGCCGGUACGCUGGACAUGUUUCGUCACUUCUUGGAGGGAGAUCAUCGAGAGCAGUUUUAUGAUGACAUUUACAGGUUGGUGGCACAACACGUCCGUAGCAUGCCGAGACCUAUCCCACUUGCGGACUUGCUGCAUCCCAUGCCGGCUGACAGCGACUCUGAAGUGGAGAGCUCUGCCUCUACAGUGCUUGAUACAGAAUCCUGCUCAUCCGACCCAGACCCAUAA